GAACGGCACAUCAGAAUUACCACAGCUCUCCCACAUUCCUUGGCUUCGAGUUCUUCCAAAAGGUAUGCAUUUUCUCAGUUUUUUUUUUUAAAUUUUUUGGUUCAAAAUAGAUAUAAUUCUUGGUCAAUGAUAUCCCACAUUUCCUUCAACAUUCAUGAAUUGCAGGAGUUAAGAUGAAAAUAUCUUUCCUCCUUUUGUUUUUCUUUGAAUUUUUGAUUGCUCAUUAUCUUUGAUAUUGUGUUAUGCUUACACAGAAUAGGUUCCUAGUGGGAAGCUUCUUUGGUUGUAUUUGAGUUAAAAUGAGCCAAAAUAGUUUCUUUUCGACAUUUUCCGAUUGCGCUUCUCUUGGGUGUCAAGGAGGUUAAUAGUCAGCAGAGAUGAAGUCAUUUCCUCGCAUCCAUGACUGGUUCUUGGGCCUGUUCGAGUUAAUAUUUUCGAUGUUCUCUCUUUUGUUCCAUUCUAGCUACUUCUAAUUAUACAACUAUUUUUUUUCUAUUGUAUCCUCUUCUAUAAUUAAAUAUUUCUGACCAGCAAGUCCCUACUUUGCCUUCAAAACUGUGAAUGGGUAAAGUGCUAUUUGAACUGAAGCAUAUCACUAUUAUUUAUUUUUUAAUUUUUUAAGUUUUAGCUCAACUGCUUCAUAUGAUAUGAUUGUCUCUUGCUACUAUGUCAUCUUUCAUUAUUUAUUUUCAAUAUUAUGAAUGGUUCCUAGGCCUAUCUUAUGCAUCUCUGGUUGCUGAUGUAUUUGUUGGUAUGCAAACAAAUUAGAGAUUUGCAGUUCUUUUUCAUUCUUUAGUUUCUUUUGGAACGAGGAGUUUUAUACUCAAAAGAUGAAUAAUUUUCAUACGUUAUCCUUCAAAAUUAAAUGUUUCUUGUAGAAAGAUAUUUCUUUACCUUCAGACCCAUGAAUGGUCCUUGGGCUUAUCACAGCUCAAGCAUCUGAAGAUCUAAGUCACUUUUUGGGGGAAAAAAAAACCGCUUCUUGUAAUGUGAACACUCGACUUAAAUGCAAUAUCAAAGUUCAAAUAGAUUCUCAAGAACUUGUAUGGUCUUCUGAUACCUUGUACAUUAGUCUGCCUCCAUUUUGCAAAAGUCUGCCCGGAGAAUUGUCAUUCUGUAUCGAACUUUUAGGUUCAUGCCAACCUUUUGACCCAAUAAUUAUACAUUUGGGGUACCUUUUUUAAUCCAUUUUUUCAGUGUUUCAUUGCAUAGCUGGAAACAAUGAUAUUCUUGGUCUCGCCUUUAUUAUGACAUAGCGCUAAUACCAUGUGCUUAGACGUGGUCAGAAGGAAAAGGGAGCAGGGAGAAAUGGCAUCCCUUACCCCAGGAGUAUUAAUAAAGCUUCUCAAGAACAUAAAUUCUGAUGUAAAAGUAUGUGGAGAAUACCGGUCCAUUCUUCUACAAGUGAUCAGCAUUGUGCCUGCUAUAACUGGCUCAGAGUUAUGGCCAGACCAUGGAUUCUUCAUAAAAGUUUCUGAUUCUUCCCAUUCCACAUAUGUUUCUCUGUCAAAAGAUGACAAUGAGCUCAUCUUGACAAACAAACUGCAACUUGGACAAUUUAUAUAUGUCGACAGAAUAGAGGCUGGGACCCCAGUUCCUGUCCUUAUUGGGGUGCGCCCGUUGCCUGGGAGAAACCCAUGUAUGGGGAAUCCUAAGGAUCUAAUGCAUAUGAUAGUACCUCCUGAUAUUCCGCAAGCACAGGAUAAUGAAACGAACACUUUUAAAUCAAGUGAGUUAUCUGAUGGAGAGAAGGAAAGCCCAAAACGUAGGGUGGUCAUUAAAGAGGAGAAGGCUGUCGUUUCUUCUCGAUACAUGCAGGGUGUUUCGAGCAUCAAUGCAAAGAGCGCUGGCUCGGAUUCUAAUGCUGCUGGCGAUAAAGUUAAUGGUAAUGCAAGUGAUGUUGAGCCGCAGAAGAAGAUUGUUGCUUCUAAAAGCAAGCAAGAGCUAAAAUCUCAGGUAUGGCCUUCUACUACUACUACCUCUGGCUAUCAGAAUAACAUAAAAGUGAAGCAAGAGUCCUCUGAGGGAAGUCAAAAGGAGUCCCCAACACUUCGCAAUCAGAGCAAUGCUGUAAAGGUGAAGCAAGACUAUACUGAGGGCAGUCAAAAAGAGGCUUCAACACCUACAAAGAACUCAUCAACUAAAAAUACUUCCAUCAUAAAGCAGAGGACACCCUCCAACUUCCAUUCGUCUUCUUUGAGCAAUAGUAGAAGAAGAGUUGUGGAUAACAUGCCUUGGGACUCUCUUCCUUCCAACCUAAUCAAACCUGGCAAGGGAAUUGUGAGAAGGAAAAAUAUGGCUUUUCUUGUAGCAGCUGAGGCUCAGAGAGAAGCAACUGCAGCUGCAGCUCUUGUCAAGGGCCUGAGCAUAUUUGCUGAUCUACGCAAGUCUGCUACCGAGGAUAAUCCCCAUGUCUCCCUUACAAAGUUCUUUUCACUUCACCGGCUCAUAGAUCAUCCAAAUAUCGCCAUUCAGAAAGAUAACUCCUUUCAGAUGCCUAAACAAGCACCUUCAGAUAAAGAGAAGCUGAGUAAAAAGACUUCACUACCUAACAGUAGAAAUGUUAUAAAUGCUCCAAAGUUCCCGGAGGAAUCUUAUGGAAAUGAAAAACUAGAGUGGGCAAGAGGGGAUGGUUUCAAAGAGAUACAAGAAGUCAGGGAUACUCUCAGAAAGGAAACACAGUCAUGGUUUUUGAAUUUCUUGGAAGGUGCCUUGGAUACUGGAUUCCAUGCAGAGUCCAGAGUGAAGAAGGGCGCAAAAGAUCGUGCUGGAGGGCACUCAAAGGAAUCAGAUGAGCGAAUCGCAGUCACACUGUCACAGUUAAAGGACGCAAAUGAUUGGCUGGAACAGCUCCGGAAUGAGGUAGGCACUGAAACAGAGACUAUCGAUCGGUUGAAGCAGAAGAUCUAUGCUUGCUUACUUGGCCAUGUGGAAUCAGCUGCAUCAGCUCUUGAAAGCCGAAGCAAUUGAUAUUUGCUUGCAUCAUGUUGGUAAAAUGAUGGCUUUUAGCCGUUGAAACUACUAGGCUACAAAUUCCAAAAUGGACUGGUGGAAGAGCCUGUUAAUGUAAAUGGUUUCAGAACAAAACUCAGAAUGAAGAAAAGUUUGUGGAUCUGCUUUCCUAUGUGUACAUAUUCUUCGGUGAUCAUGCUGGCCUGACAUGAUGUUGUCAGUAUAUCUCAAUAGAAUAGUGUACAGGAAACUCUGUUUUCUCACUCAGAACAAAUAAGGAGGCCUUUGUUUGGCUCCUCAGAAGGGAGAUGGUAGUAUUUAUAUAUUUCAAUUAUUCUUGUAAAGUUAUUCUUUUCUUCAUGUUCAAGAAAGUUUGUGUAAUUGUUAUUUUA